CCUAAACCCUAAUUAAGCCCUCUUUCCAAAUUCUCUCCAGCUUCUUCCAACCCCGUUCAAUGGCGUUCUUCUCGAGCAUUCGCAACGCGCUCGCGAGGUCCGCCGUGUCUCCAUCAGCCCUCCAAGCUCAGCCCUCUUUGAGCAGCUUCUAUUCAACGCUCACGGCGCCCAAAUUAUUCGUCAGCGGCCUUUCUAGAUUAACGUCAGAUGAUAAGCUUCAGGAGGCAUUUGCACCUUUUGGAAAUCUUGUUGAAGCAAAGGUUAUUACAGAUAGGAUGUCUGGCAGAUCGAAGGGGUUUGGCUUUGUCACAUAUGAAACAAUCGAAGAAGCAGAGAAAGCCAGAGAAGGAAUGAAUGCUAAAUUCCUAGACGGAUGGGUUAUUUUUGUUGACCCUGCGAAACCAAGGGAGCCGAGGCCUCCACCUCAACAGGAGCCGCAAUUUUCGGAAACUGGUUUCAGGACCAAUAAGACUGUUGGAUGGUGUGGUUGAUGCUUGUUGUGUCCAUUGUUCCCAUCCUUGAUUGUGGUUCGACUCUCUAAAAUUAUUUGGCGCCUGAUACUCUUGGAUUAAUUGAAAACUGGAUCAAACCACUGGUUGGGAUCAGUAUUGUUAACUCUUCGUGUAUUACCUUAAUAUAUAUAAAUCAUCUGCUUCUAAUGUU